AUGGGCCUUCCGAAUGAAAGCCCGGUCGACGCCGGCGCCACCUCCGACCGCCGGCCCCUCACACCUCGCGCGCCGCCACCCACUCGUCUGCCGUCCGGAAAAUCAUUCGACGACAACGACAACAACAACGCGGACGUCGUAUGGGCGCUUGCGCCCAUGACUGAAGCGGCCGCCGCCAACGCGCAGCAGGCGGCGUGCUCACUGGCGCUCACGCAGACCGUGUCCGCGCCGUACACCGUCUUCUCGCAGCGGGCGCGCGUCGGAAUCACCGUCAUGGUGUCGUUCGCGAGCAUGGUGUCUCCUAUGACGUCCAACAUUUACUUUCCGGCGCUCGACUCCGUCGCGCGCGACCUGGGCGUCUCGCUAAGCCUCAUCAACCUGACGCUGACGACGUACAUGAUCUUCCAGGGCGUGGCGCCGACGCUGCUGGGCGAUUUCGGCGACAAGGCCGGCCGCCGGCCGGCGUACGCGCUCUCCUUCCUCGUCUUCCUCGUCGCCAACGUCGGGCUCGCGCUGCAGCGCGACUACGCCGCGCUCAUGGUCCUCCGUUGCCUGCAGGCGGCCGGCAGCAGCGGCACGCUGGCGCUGGGCUACGGCGUCGUCGCGGAUUUGGCCCCGCGGUCCACGCGCGGCAAGUACAUGGGCUAUCUGGGCGCCGCCAUCAACGUCGGACCGACGCUGGGGCCGUUUCUCGGCGGCGUGCUCUCGCAGACGCUUGGCUGGCCGUCCAUCUUCUGGUUCCUCGCCAUCUUUGUCACGGCGUUUCUGGUUCCCUGGGUGCUCUUUGCGCCCGAGACGGGCCGCAACGUCGUCGGCAACGGGUCCUACGCUGCGCAGACAUGGAAUCGACCGCUGGUGUCCUGCUCCCGGGACCGCCGGCCAAAGGAGGAGAUGCCGGCGUCGCAGAGGCCCAAGCUCUCCGUCCCGAACCCGCUCAGCACCCUCACCAUGGUGUUUGAAAAGGAAAUGGGCUCGAUCCUGCUGAUUGCGGCCGUGAUUUAUCUGAGCUUCAUCUUGGUUGCCGCCACGAUGGGAACGCUCCUCAAAGAGAUUUACUCUUAUGAUGAUUUGCAGGUCGGGCUUUGCUACCUCCCAUACGGACUGGGCUGCUGUGUCACGUCAGUUGGACAGGGCUACGCACAAAACUGGAACUACCGCAGGAUUGCUAAAAAGGUGGGAUUCGACCUCAAGUCCAAAGAAAAUGGCGACAAGUUCCCCAUCGAAAGGGCCAGACUGCAGCUCAUCUACCCAUCCAUGGUGGUUGGUGCGGCAGCGUUGAUAGGAUACGGAUGGGCGCUGCAAAUGGAAACAUCGGUUGCGGUGCCGCUAGUCAUGGUCUUUAUCAUCGGAAUGAUGAUACCGACAUCCCUCAACAUGAUUACAACGCUCAUGGUUGACCUCUUUCCCGAGGCGCCGGCUAGCGCGGCAGCUGCCAACAACUUGGUGCGCUGCCUGUUUGGCGCGGCAGCGACCGCCGUCGUUGACUACAUGCUCAAGGGCAUGGGACGAGGAUGGUGCUUUACAUUUCUAGCCCUUCUCAUGUUUGCUUGCGUGCCCUGGAUUCUGUAUAUCGAGAAGGUCGGGCCUCGAUGGCGUGCAGAGAAGCGUCAGCAGCAAGAGCAGAGAAAGCUGAAGGAGGCGUUGUAG